UCCAAUGAGCGAGGUGGAUUUCCUACAUUUCCGUCGCGAUAUAUCGUUCAGAUUUUUCUUUGUUCAUGGAAAAGUGUUCUUAUUAAGUAUUGCGUAUUGUUCUCUAGAACGUUUUGCUUUUCGGCCUGUUGUGAGCAUAGUUGCCUGAAGAAUGAAAAUGUGCACUGUUGCCAGACUUUGACAUAUUCUGAAAAUUUGAUGACUUCUACUAAUGUGAUUGCUAUAAUAGUAUGUUUCCUUCAAAGGAAUACUGAAAGCCGGUUGACCCAUAUAUUUGUCGCGGAUGAAUCGUCUAAUAUGCCUAUCCUUUGGAUUGUUCAUCUUCGCGACAUGGCAGAAUACUAUUGCCAUUCCUCAUUCACUAAAAAGUUCAAGAUUGUACAGAAGAAGCAGCCUUCAUGCGAAAGACCUCUUAUUGGGCGAACCUGUCCACAUUCCGGAUAAUGAAUUGGAUCCCAAACAGCCACCUCUGGUUCCAAACGAGUCUAAGGUGGACGACGUCGUCCUCGAACCUGGUGGUAUCGACUUCGGAAUCACCAGUGAAAUCCCAUCUCACGAGGGCAGCAAUGACACUUCCAGCAAUCACACUGAGCAUGAUGACCAACAUGCCCUUCAUGUGGCUUCAUGGCAAUGGGACUAUGUCCGUACCCCUUUCAUUUACACGGCCGUGGUCAUAGUGGCUGGCUUCUGCAAAAUCGGUUUUCAUCACGCUGAAUUUUUAUCAUCGAUAUUUCCAGAGUCAUGUAUGCUGAUUGUACUUGGAACCAUCGUUGGAACCAUUGUUCAUUUCACUCAUUCUAGAGAGCUACUACCACAGUUUACACCGAAGGCGUUUUUUCUCUUCAUGCUACCACCGAUCGUGCUGGAAUCAGCGUAUUCCCUUCAUGACAGAGCAUUUUUCAGCAACUUGGGUACCAUCAUCCUGUAUGCUGUACUCGGUACUAUUAUAAACUGCUUCGUUAUUGGCUUGGCGUUGUUCGGACUGACACACGUCGGAGCUGUGGGACAGCUACAUCUUGUGGAAUGCCUUGUUUUCAGUGCUCUUAUAUCAGCUGUAGAUCCAGUAGCUGUGCUGGCUAUUUUUCAAGAAGUGGGUGUUAAUAAGAAUUUGUACUUCUUAGUUUUUGGAGAAUCAUUGCUAAACGAUGCAGUCACUAUUGUUCUGUAUAUGAUGAUGGUUGGAUUUUCGAAAGCGGAGUAUAUAACAGCAGAGCAAGUCGCCCUGGGUAUCGCCGCUUUCCUUUGCGUCAGUUUGGGCGGUCUGGCCAUCGGUAUCUUGAUGGGUAUCGUAACCGCCCUGAUCACCAAACAUACCGAAGAUGUAAGAGUGGUAGAGCCUCUUGCCAUGUUAGGAGUUGCCUACCUAUCCUAUCUGCUGGCGGAAAUGGUUCAUUUCUCAGGAAUUAUCAGCAUUAUCGGUUGUGGCAUCGUCCAAGCACAUUAUGCUUCCAAAAAUAUCUCUGACAAAUCCAACACCACUGUCAAGUACUUCACGAAGAUGGUGAGGUAAGGAUUUUUAUU